AUGAAUAGAGGAGACCUGCCAUUCAUUACAACUCAGAAAACUAAUGACAUUGACAGCCUUAAAGUUCGCCUGAAAAAUGGAUUGAGUUCCAAGUAUAAACCAGUAGACUAUCAGCAAUUAUAUGCAAUUACUGAAGCAAAAAAGCUAGCAUCUGCUUCUAUACAGUUAAAGAUCACAAAAACAGAGCAGACUUCAAAAAUUUCUAAAGACCAAAGGCUAGUAAAACAGCAUAAGAAAGUAUGGUGGCUGGAGUACAAAAGGCUCCAUGAAAUCAGAUGUAAAACAGAAUCUGAAAUUAGAAGUUUUCUUGACGAAGAGAACACUGAAAAUGAAUUUCUUUUCAACCUCAAGGAUUUUGAACUUGCAUUAUCAGAAGACUGGGAUAAAUAUCUACAGAAUGUACUAGAACCUAUCUGCCAGUUGAAGGAAGAUCUGAAAUGUAAAUCUGAGUUGCUGUAUGAUACUUCAGACCCAUCCUCAUCCGAAAAUGUGCUUGAUGCACACAAGAUGAUAGAAGAGGUUGAAUUAGUAAAGAAACAGUUGAAGACUAUUUCUAGAAGACUUGCCCAUGAACAAAUGCUUUUGGAACAGGAGCUUACAGAUUCUGGAAUAAAAGCAUUAACUCAUCCUUCAGAAGAAAAAAAUGAGUCUCAUGAACUCCCUUUAGAGUUACAAACUUUGAGAUGCCCGUAUCCUGAUUUGAAAUCUUCAAUCCUUAAGGAGUUUUUUAAAUUUACAGAGGAAUAUUGGAAGAAACUUGCUAAGAUUGAGCAACAUUUAAAAGCCAUACACAGGAACUUUGAGUUGAAUGAAGAAGAUCAAUGGAUUUACCAGGCAAUUGUAGAUCAGUAUCCAAAAGAUAUUCAGGGAAGAAGAACUUUGUAUUUGGAUAUGUUACAGAAGUAUUUGCCUCACAAAUCUAGGCAUGAUCUGGUUACACAUGAGAAAUACUGGAGCCAAUAUUGUUUAACCAGGGAUCAAAGAAGAAUUUUCUUAUUAAAUUGGGCUAAGGAUAAGAAAGAUUUUAUACAAAAAGCCAUAACAACUGUUGCAGAAGCAUGUACUGCUUAUGAAAUGGAGACCGUAUUGGCCCAAGACAGAAAAAAGCAACUGGAACUCUGUGCUGUUCUGAAAGAGAAGGUUCUUCAGUGGCGAGCACAUCAAGAGGAAGAAGCAAAACUAGAACACAACAUUAUUAUCAGAAGAAGGGAAAAAGAAAAGAAGGAAGAGAAACUUCGGAAGGAGAAGGAAAUCUUGCAGAGAGAAGAGGAGAAAAAAAAAAUCAAAGAGUACUGGGAUAAAAAAGAGCAGAAGUGGCAAGAAAUAGAAAAGAGAGAUCUUCAGCGCCUGGAACAAGUGAGGAAAAUAAUGGCUGAGCAAGCAAUUAAAGACCAAGAAAGGGUCAAAUUUAGACAGGGAUUACUGGAAAAGCGCUGGAUGGAGAGAAAAGAAAUGGCCAUUAAGGAAACAAAGGAACAAGAAGAAAGAGAGAAGAGGCUAGAGGCCCUCAGGAAACAGGUUUCCAUUGUGGCCCAAGUUGAUCAUGUUAGAAUGAUGGCAGAUACAUUGGCCUCAAAAGCCAGAAUGGGAAUUGGAACCGAAGAAGAAUUUGUUCUUCAAAAGCCACUCUUCAAAUUGAAUACAUAUACAGAACCCCAGAUAAUUUCUGACCCCAGACUUCGUAUUGAGUUAGCUCUUCGAGAAGCUGGACUUCACAGAACACUUUAUGCAAAAGAGAUCUUGCCAAAAAUUAGUCCUUACAAACUUCCAAGAAGAGACAUGGCAUCUACUGUCUUUCAGAUGUAGACUUCAGUUGCAAGUCCCAUCGUAUACAAGCAAGAGCCUUCUUUUUGAUUCAGAUAUAAACUAUCCUCAAAAGAAAUUUGUUAACU